ACGAAACAAUGCCAAUGCAUAAUCAAAAUUGAAUGAAAGUUAAGGUAUAAUUUAUAAAAAAGUAAACGAUUUUCUUUAAUAGAAUUUACAAAAAUGAGGUGGUAUGUAUAUAAAGACAAAAGUGGGAAGAUAGCAUUUCUUUGGCAAGGAGUGAUCCUUGCUUUAUCUACUCGCAAACAUCACUAAACCACGUUACUAACCCAACACACACACACACACACAAAGGCAUGGCUGCUGCUGCAUCACCAGCUACUGUGGCAAGUAGCGCUUAUUACGCACCUGCUCAAAAACGUGUUUCCAUCGAGGAUUAUCGCGUUCGCAUUUUACCUUGCAGCCAUGCAAGGCGGCGGCGGCGGUCGUUGGUCGUCAGAAGCUCCGGCGAGGAGAGCGCGACGACGGCGGUUGAUGAGGCGAAUCCACAACCGCCGGCGGAAGUCCCGAAAGGACCUCCGUCGCUGAUCUCAACUCUUAAUGUGGAGAAAGCUUUGCGAGGCAUUGCGAUUACGGAUGCCGAUCACUACGGGCGGCUCGGGCUUCGGAGCAAAUGUUCAUAUAAUGAGGUAAACGUCGCUUACAAAAGCAAGAUGGCGGAGUUGACGAGUAAAGAGUUGGAUGAAGAAGAACUUAGCAAGGAGCUAGAGCUCUUGAAGGAAUCGCAUUCGGUUCUGUCAUCGGCGGAAGAGAGAAGGCUGUAUGAUUGGAGUUUGGCGAGAAGUGGGAAGCCAGAUACAUACAUGUGGCCAUUUGAAGUUGAUAUCACUCAAGCUCCAAUAGGAGACCCACCUCCUCAGGAGCCGGAGGAUGAAUGGCCAACGACGUUGACCGGAUACUUCUUUUUAGGGUGGAUGGUAUUGUCCUUCGUGUUAUUUAUUACGUUAAAUCGCUAGGGCAAAUAGGAGUCAUUUACCAUAUUUCUUAUAAUGAUUUCCCUUUUCUUUUCAAGUUUAAGUUGUUUAUGAGUCUGAAUGCGAAGGAGAGAGAUUUAUUACUCGUUCAGCUCAUAUUAUUGAAGUCUGGAAAAUGUAUUAGGAAAGAAAUAAUCAAUAACAUUUUCUUUUC